GCGUCCGCGAUGGCCGUGCGUCCUGGGCCGCUCUGGCUGCUGGGCCUGGCUCUGUGCGCUCUGGGCGGCGGCCACGGCCCACGGCCCCCACACACCUGUCCCCAGCGUCGCCUGGGAGCGCGCGAGCGCCGAGACAUGCAGCGAGAGAUCCUGGCGGUGCUCGGGCUGCCUGGGCGGCCCCGACCCCGUGUGCCACCCGCUGCCUCCCGGCAGCCAGCGUCCGCGCCCCUCUUCAUGCUGGACCUGUACCACGCCAUGGCCGAUGACGACGACGGCGGGCCCCCUCAGCCUCACUUGGGCCGCGCCGACCUGGUCAUGAGCUUCGUCAAUAUGGUGGAGCGAGACCGAACCCUGGACCACCAGGAGCCACACUGGAAGGAAUUCCUCUUUGACCUAACCCAGAUCCCUGCUGGGGAGGCUGUCACAGCUGCUGAGUUCCGGAUAUAUAAAGAACCCAGCACCCACCCACUCAACACAACUCUCCAUGUCAGCAUGUUCGAGGUGGUCCAGGAACACUCCAACAGGGGGUCUGACUUGUUCUUUUUGGAUCUUCAGACGCUUCGAUCUGGGGACGAAGGCUGGCUGGUACUGGACAUCACAGCAGCCAGUGACCGAUGGUUGCUGAACCAUAACAAGGACCUGGGACUCCGCCUCUAUGUGGAAACCGAGGAUGGGCACAGCAUGGAUCCUGGCCUGGCCGGUCUGCUGGGACAACAAGCACCACAAUCCAGACAGCCUUUCCUGGUCACCUUCUUCAGGGCCAGCCCGAGUCCUGUGCGGGCCCCGCGGGCAGCGAGGCCACUGAAGAGGAGGCAGCCAAAGAAAACGAACGAGCUUCCACAUCCCAAUAAACUCCCGGGGAUCUUUGAUGGUCAUGGCGCCCGAGGCAGAGAUGUUUGCCGUAGGCAUGAGCUCUACGUCAGCUUCCGGGACCUCGGCUGGCUGGACUGGGUCAUCGCCCCCCAGGGCUACUCAGCCUAUUACUGCGAGGGGGAGUGUGCCUUCCCACUGGACUCGUGUAUGAAUGCCACCAACCAUGCCAUCUUACAGUCCUUGGUACACCUGAUGAAACCAGACGUCGUCCCCAAGGCAUGCUGCGCGCCCACCAAACUGAGUGCCACCUCUGUGCUCUACUACGACAGCAGCAACAAUGUCAUCCUACGCAAGCACCGCAACAUGGUGGUCAAGGCCUGUGGCUGCCACUGAGGCCCUGCUCAACAGCCUGCUUCUGCUCCCUUACCCGGCUGGUGUGGUCAGGCCCCUUUCCAGAGGCAGGAAACCCUCAUAUGCUAUCAUAGCUCAGACAGGGGCAACAGGAGGCCCUUACUUCCCCUGGCCACUUCCUGCUAAAAUUUUGGUCCUUUCCCAGCUCCUCUAUCCCCUUCUUGGGGUUUGUGGCCUAUGGCCCUCCCUCUCCCAGUCCCCCUACCCCAAGCACAGACUGAAUGCACACAGCAUCCCAGAGCUGUGCUGACUGAGGGUCUGGGGUCAGCACUGAAGACCUACAUGAGAGGAAGACUGUUCCUUGGCCAUCCCCAGCCCAGAAUGGCCGAUUCUGGAUGGUCUGAGGUGGCCCUGGAGUCUGAAACUGGCUGAUCUGGGCUCUGCACCAUUCACUGUGGCAGUAGGGGCAUGUCUAGGUAUAACAGACACACACUUAGAUCAGUGCUAGCUCUACUUCUCUCGUGCAGAAUUAGCUUGUCAGAAAAAGAAUAGGCAGAGGCAGGUGUGGUAAUGCAUGCCAUUAAUCCCAGCUCUAGAGAGACAGGGAGGGUCUCUGUGAGUUCAAGGCCACACAGGGAGACCCUGUCUGAAAAAGAAAAGAAAAAGAACCAUCUGGUUGGGCUUCAUGGCUUUCAGUAAAAGUAAGAGGGACAUUUCAUGACAUGUGUCCUGGGUCUGCCCUUCUGCCUAGAAGCAAAGGACCCUGGGAACUUGCAGUUCCCUCUCCUACCGCUACCAUGCUGACCAGUUUGGGGAUGGGCACUGUGACAAAGUAAACUCUGAACAGAAGCAAGAACACAGCUGAAGUGGCUGGUCCAGGCUGGCUCACAGGAGAUGCCCCUGCUUCUUCUCCUAGCUGAUGGCCUGCAUCAGUGAUCUCCCUCCGAGCGUCUCACACUGCCCCUGGACAGGCCCUCCACAUCCUCAGCACAGACCUGCAGAUGGCCACCAGCAGCUCCUGAGAGGAAAGGACUUGGCUUUCCUUUUCCUCCAGGAAGACCCAUCCAUUCCACCCAGGGCACAGUAACUAGACAGCCCUCCAGCCAGGCGUGGGGCAAAAGGGAGGUGUGUCAGCAUUUGCUUAUGUCUGGGAACUAAGAACAGGUUGGUCACCAAGUUGGCGUCACCCUGGGGGCCCAGCGGCCCUAUCCUGUUUCUGGGACCUGUGAGUCAAAGAAAAGGCCCCUGUCCCAGGGGACUGACAGGUGGUAAUUAGGCAGAGUUGGGUGGGGAGGCUCGGAAACCACUGUUCCCCCUGGAGCAGCCGCUGGGAGCUGGAGUGUUUAUUUGAUUUCUGACUUGCUAAAGCCUGUAAUUUACCUGCGGGAACAGAGUCCAGCUGCCCAAACUGUGUCAUUAAGAGCAGGUCCUGGGCCCAUCCCCAUCUAGAGACACACCCAGCGGAGGUGGACCCACCCAGGUGCCCAGGGAUGCACUCCAUGGAGUUCACACUCUGUACCCCUGAAUGGGCCUCCGGGAGGGUGGGACCAGCGGCCAGAGUGAGGCUGAGGUUGGAGGGAGUGAGACUGGGGCCAUGCUGCAGGACAGCAGCCUCUCCCUCCCCUUCGACCUGGGAGGGUUUCCUGUGUGGGGCCAGAGGGGGGGACCCUUCCAUGUAUACAAAGAAUGAGCCCAGAAGAUCUGCAAGAUGGUAACUUCCCCAAGAGCUUCACUGGCUGCUCUUCCAGAGGACCAGGAUUCAAUUCCCAGCACCCACAUGGCAGCUUACAAUGGUCUGUAACUCCAGUUUCAGAGGAUCCAAUGCCCUCUUCUGACUUCCAAUGGCUCCUGCACACAUGUGGUGCACAGACAUACAUGCAGGCAAAACACUCAUGUACAUAAGAAUAAAAGUAAAUAAAUCUUUAAAAAAAACAAAAAAA